GAUAAAAAUAACAAUUAAUUUUUGAUAAACUUUACUGUACCACUCUUAGUGUAGUCUUUGAAAAUGCAGGUCCUUGUGCUACUGCCAUGGCUAUUUGUUAUUAUAACCGCUCAGGAUACAUUAUACAGCGUUGAUCAACUAUUACAAAGAGGAAUCAGCAGUGGCGACGGAGUUUCUACAUAUGCAGUGGAUGGCGAUGACGGCGCGAUCCAAUCCAACGAUGGCCUGAAUGCGAACCUUGAGGAACAACAGCAAAAAAAACUGCAAAACCUUGGAACUAUGUUUUUACGGAUGGCACAAGCAGCAGGAUUACGGGAAAAUAAAAUAAAACGCCCCCCUUAUCCCCCCACGAAUCCGCAUGGCGGUCCAGUGCAGAUGUACACGGUGUCCGGGGGACCGCUGCUGCCGGGACAACUCAUCGUGUCCGACUUCCACACUAGAAGGGGGGAAGAGGUCGACGUCGACACUAGAAGCGGGGGAGAGGUCGACUUUGAUCCUAGAAGGGCGAUAAUGAAUGCUUCUGGGCCGACUGAAAAGCCUAAACGCGAGCCCUAUAUGAAGUUAAAAUUGCAAGGAUACGUUUACAGAAUGCAUGGAUAA